AUGAAAAAAGAAUUGAAAGGGAAAAAACCAAAAGGCAAUAUUAACAAGUGUGUUAGAAAUAACAAUAUAAAAGAAGAAAAGAGAAAAAUUAAAAAAAAAAAAAAGUCACAUCAUAACAAGGCUACAAAUAUAUUGUCGAAUCAGAACUAUGAAGGGAAUAAAAGUAUGAACAAAUUAAAUUUUGCAAUUUGCAAAGGGCGUGAAAAUGAAUUACAACAGAAUUUAAGACAUGACACAGUUGUAAAAGGAGGAGGUGGUGGUGGGUUAUUAUACAGACACAAUAAAGGAAUAGAAGUAAGUAACACAUCAAAUAAAUCAAGAAAACCUCUUUUUCAAAAUGUUAAGGCACCCCAAAGGGAUAGCAGCAACAUAAGCAAUCAUUAUUUCAUGUCAGAUGUAGACAGAGGCCCUACUUGUUUUGAUAUGAAAAAUAAUAAUGAAAAUAAGAAUAGUAGUUAUGGUAUGACAGCGAAUAAGAAUCUUUACAAAGGUUUGUUCAAACAGAAUAUUAAUAAGAAUGUUAUGAAUCCUAAUAACUCCUUAUCUAGAAGGGAAGGAAAUACCUUUUCAAUAGAUGAAGAAGGAAAGAAGGGAUGUGACAAGUUCAUGAUGAGCGGGAGUAACUUUGAAACCGUGGGAAGAAUAGACAACAGCGUGCAUAAUUUGGCAAGAGAUGUCAGAAAUAACAAGAAUAACAAUUUUCAAGAUAACAGAACUGUUAAUCCGACAGGAAAUCUCAGAAAUAGUGAGAAUAAUAACAUGCAAAGGAAUUGUUACAGACGCAAUAACAGCAGGUGUUUUACGAACUCCUCUAGCAAGGUAAAUCUGACCUAUACCCAUAAAAUUUACAAAAAUAAGAGUGGUUUGUAUAACAAGAAAUAUGUCAAAAAUGACAAAAUUGUUAAUAACAAAAUGGUUAAUAAUAACAAAAUGGUUAGUAAUAAUAAUAGUAGCGAGAAUAACAAUAGUAAAAAUAAUAUGACGGAUCAGGUAAAUAUGAACAACUACAAUCGUGUGCAUAAUUAUAGCAUAAAUAUUGAAAACAAGUUAAUCAAUGAAUCAUUGAUGGGUACUAACGACUCUCGAAAGGUAGUAGGUAACAUGGAGGAUAAUAACAAUUUUCAGUUUGUAGAAAAUGUGAUGAAUGAAGGUGAGAAGUGCAAAGACUAUUUCAAUAGCCUCAUCGAUAUGUGUACGAUUGAUGCCCCUCAUGUUUUAGAUAAGAAUAAUAAUAUUGGACAGAAGGGAGGACUUUACACACUGUAUAGAAAUGUUACAAAAAAAAAAGGGAAUGAUUGUGGGAAUUGUGGUAGAUGUGAUAAGUGCAAUCAGAAUAAUAUUAGCACUCUGAAGGGUUCCUUGAAGAGAGAAAAAAAGAAGAAUGGAAAUUUUAUAUUAGGUUCUAAUGUAGAGUCGUUAGACAUAAAUAAGGUGGAAGAAAAGGAUCGACAAUUGUUUAUGGAGAGAAAGUUAGCAAAAGAAAGAUUUGCACAAAAUUAUUUAGAAAAAAUAAUAAAACUUAUAUCAGAAAAGUUAAAAUAUAUGUUAACAGUGACAGAUAAGCAAUGCAUUUAUUUAAUAAAAUCUGUUAUAGAAUUAUUGAAAUGUAUUAAGAAAAUUAUUAAUUUUUCAGAAAAUUGUCGUUUCCAUUUUAAGAUAUUUGGCAUCAUAUUAAAUAUUUACUCAUAUAUAUGUGUUAAGAUGUUUGCAGAAGACGACAUUUUAAAAGUGAUGAAUUUGAAAUGCCUUGUGUGCAUGUUCGAAAUUUUAAUCAAGUUAAAAAGAGAUUCCUUUAAUUUAUCAUAUGCAUUUUUUUUAUUUGUAAAUUAUUUGAAGCGAAACAUUGAUGGGCUGGAUAUAUUAGCAAAAAAUAACCUCAAGUACAAUGCCAGAGUUGUAAAUAAUGAUGAAAAGAUAUUUUCAAAAAUGUUAAAUUCUUUUAUAACUUUAUUUGCUUAUUGUGCUGAAAUUCAGAAUAUCAUGGUUCGCGUAGAAUCCCUUAAAUCUUUUGUCGCAGUUUUAUGUGCACUAAACGAGAACAGAUACAAAGGAGGUGUUCACUGCACAGGAAAAGAAAUGGAUGAGAAGGAAAUCCGAAUGUCAAAAGGGGAUACAUAUGUAAAGGAGAAAUGUAUAGCCAAAUGUAUAGCCAAAUGUAUGGCAAAAUGUAAGGCAAAAUGUAAGGGCAAAUGUAAAGCAAAAUGUAAAGCAAAAUGUAAGGCCAAAUGUAUGGCCAAAUGUAUGGCCAACUGUGAAGCUUACCAUAGGAAGGUUCAAACUCAUUACCAGGGAGAGGUAGACGAAUUGUCAAAUUCCACGACAUUUUUCUUAUUCCACAAAUCUCUAAUCAUUGGAAGCCUUGUGGGAAAAAAGGGAACUAUGUUCAGAGGACAUACGACAAGUAAAAUGGUAAAUUUGCAGAAACAUAAUUUGGAUUUUUUAAAAAAUAAUUAUAUGUACACAAGUUAUUUGAUAAAAAGUAGUAAUGAAACAUGCAGAAAAAAUAUUAUGAACAAAGGAAAUGGCCAAGAAAAGUUAAAUUUUGAAUACAAUAAUGUGAGUAAAAAUUUAGUAAUGAAAAAUGAAAACAGUAAUUUAUAUAUAUCCAAAGGGAAUAGUAUACGAAAUGUUCACUCCUUUAAAAAUAAUUGGAACGAGAAUACUAUGGAUGAAUAUAUGAAUUUAGGAAAUAGACAAGGUAUUACUAGCCGAAAUGGAGAAGAAAAUGAAUAUAAAAUAAAGAAUUCACUUUUAUUAACAAAUUUUGAAACAGUUUUUAAUAGUGAUCCUUGUAAUGGUUGGUUAACUAAUAAAAUAGACGAUGAGGAUGAAGAACAUAUUUUAGUUUUCAUUUUAAAAAUAUUCGAUUUAUUUAUUGACAUGUAUCAUGAUAAGGAGAUAAUUGAAAUAAUACAAAAGAAUAUUGUGUUUUUUUUUAAUCACAUAGACAUACAUAUAUUUAGUUAUGUAACAUAUUUGAUUACAAAAAUUUCUCAUAUAAUUCCAAUAAAUAAGCAAUUUUUCAAUAAAUAUAUGUCAGUUCUUUUGAAAAAUUUAAAUAAGGAAAGACGGAAAUAUAUUUUUAUUAUGUUGUCUUAUAGUCAAUAUGAACAAAAUGGAAUAAAUGUAGUUUUAAAUUUGUUGAAUAAUUUGUGUCUUUAUAAUUUUAAUUACAAAACAAAUGUCCAUUUAAUGGAUUUUGAAAAAUUUUCUGAUGAAUCUUUGAGAUUAAAUUUGGGUGAAGAAAACGAAUGCAAUCAUAGUUUAAACAAUAGAACUGUUGGUCGAGGAAGUACUAACCGGAAUAAUAACCCUAGCUAUGGCAAUACAGGAAAGAGUAACAUUGAUGAAUAUAACAUGCACCCAUCUCUUAAUCCAAAUAAUGUAGAGUGUUUUGGAGAAGCAAAAGAUUAUGACAGUAUUAACGAACAUGAAGUAUACUUAGUGGAUGAUAUGAUACACAACAAUGAAGAAUGGUGUUGUGUGUAUUCUGUUUUAAUUAUACUAUCUUUUAAAUAUCCAAGUUUUGUAUAUUCUUUCUUUUUUAACAACUUUAGAAGGAAUUACAUACAAAAUUCUGACAAUUAUGUUCCUCAUUUUAAUUUGUUUGAAUGGUCUCACAAAUUCGGUUACUAUAUUUCUAACACGCUUUUGAAUGAGGCUUUGGAAAAUGGAACUCAAAUUAACGCAGAUUUGUUCGCCGUGCUAGGGAGGGAAGAAGUCGAUGAAGAAGAAGUGGAAGAUGCAGAAGUGGAAGAGGAUGAAGUGGAAGAUGAUAAAGGCUACAGUAGAAAUCGCGUAUGCAAAAGUUUGGGUAUCCAUCAGGGGAGAGAAAAGUGUACAGAUAAUAAACUCAUGGGCAACAGGGAGGAAAAAGAAAAGGAAUUGAAUAAAAUGAACAAUUUGGGAAGAAAUUGGAAAAUUAGUGACACAUGUUAUGAUACAGAUUCAAUGGAGACCUACGAAAAAGAGGUUAAGAAGGAGAACUUUCCAUGUAAGGAAGAAGUGUCAUUGGAAUUACUACUUCAUCAGAGUUAUUCCUUUUUAGAAUAUCCACAUUGUAUUAAAUUAAGCAUAAGUGAUAAAGAAAGGGGUUUCUGUUACGUUUACAUUUUGAGUAUUUUGAAUUUUUUUUUUAACAAAAAAAUUUCCUUUUUUGGAGAAAAUUGUUUUUUUUUUAAAAAAAGUUUAUGGCAAAUAUUGCAUGAUCAAACAAAUAUGAAGACGCAUAAUUUUUUGGAAUAUUUAGAAAUUUUUAAGAAUUCCAAUUUUACCUACAUGAAUAAUAGUAAUGAAUUGACAGAAAUUCUACACAGGAUAAGUAAUUCUCAUGAGGAAUGUGCUAAAUUGAAGCUGAAAUCUGAGUAUGUUUAUGAAGGAACUUCAAUUGGAAAAAGUCUAAUGGUCAGAUGGAAGCGAUUGAGGAAAAGUACAGAUAUGAUGUCGGGUGAAAAUAAUACAAGAAAUGAAAAAAGUGUAAGAAAAAGGAGAGGAAAAACAAAAAAUGAGAAUGAGAGAAGCUUAAUAUAUUUCAAACAGUCUUAUAUGAAAUAUGCACCUCAUGUAAACGAUUUGAUAAACGAAAAUAUGGCUACUAAAAUUUUUUUUCAAAUUUUGCUGAGAGAUAAUUUUGAGCAUAAUAAAAAUUAUUUUGUAUAUUAUGAACACUUUUUAAGAAAAAUGAGUUUCGAAUUUGUCGAAUCUCGUUUGUUACAGCAUGAGACAAUUUUCAGUCAGUUGUGUUGUUUUCCGGCCGAUGGAAAUUUGUUGAAUAAAUUCCUUUCAUUUGAUGAUAGUUACUUUGAAGAAACAGAAUCUUUUGGAAAAAUUUUAUCUGUGCAUCGUAGGAAUGUGAAAAAAUUGGACCUCUUGGGGAGUAGUGCAUGGAGAGGAAUGUCUAAAGGGUUUGUAGUACACCAAAGAAAUUUGAUUCCCUUUGGAAUAGAUAAAAGUGUUGAUUCGUCAAAUAUGGUUAAUGAAGAAUGUAAACUAAUGGAUGCUAUUAUUAAGAGGAAUAUCCAAAUGAGUGAGAUUCAUAAGAAACACUGUGACGAAUUGAAGGAGGAACCACGACAUGGAUCUGACAUAAAACAGAGUUAUGAUGAGGAGGAGCAGGAGGAAGAAGAAGAAGAAGAAGAAGAAGAGGAAGAGGCGGGACAGAAGGACAUGCGUGCGAAGAAUUACAAUUGGGAAGAGCAUAAAAGAAAAAAAAAAAUUUUUGCACAUGAUAUGUUUAAUCAUACAAACAAAUUUUACAGAAAGGUUUUCCAAAUGAGUGAAGAAGGAACAGACAAAAAAGUAUCUGAAGGAAGAUAUAUUUUACGAGAACGGAAUUAUGAAAAAUUUACAUUUUUGAAAUCUAAAAUAAAAAUUAAGUACAAGGAGAAGCAUCAUGAAAUGAAAAAUGGAGAAAAGAUAAUAGAUUUUAAAAAGAAAUUUCCUGAAUAUUUUUAUCAUAAAAAAGUUAUUAACAUAAAUCAUAAAAUAAAUAAAAAGCUAAUUAAAAUUUCUUACUUAUUUAGUAUGAAUUAUUUUUACUCUGUAAACAUAUCUCACAUACUUUACACGAUCAUAAACAAAAUUUAUGAUGAGAAUUAUUUAUUAUUUAAGGCGUUAAAGCACUGUUUUGGCAAUUUUUGUGCAAAUGAUCAGAAUGUAUUUCAUAAUUUUGAGAAUAAAGAAGAAAAAAAAAAAAUAUACGACAUUUUUCACAAAGUGAAAAGAAGAAGAUGGAGAAGAAGAAGACGUGUCAAAAUUGUUAAUUCCACAGAACAGUUUAGUCACCUCUUAGUAGGUAUAGACAAAUUGUUACUUAAGGAAGAGAACGUAAAUAAGGAUGAUACAUAUUCUGUAAAUGUUUUGAUCAAUAAAAUAUUAAAAAUUAUUUUAAAUCAUUUGAAAAUUAAGGAUUUUAUAAAUUACAACAAGUGUUUAAAUUUUCCUUAUCUCUUUUUAUCCUUCUUUUUUGUAAAAAUUAAGCUAUCGUUUGAAAUGGAAUAUUUUGGAUUUUUGGAAGAGUAUGACGAGGGAAAUUUUAAAAAAAUUCUUCUAAAUUUGCCUGACCAUGUACAGCAUUUUUUUAACAGUUUAUUUUUGUAUAUAGAAUAUGAAGACAUUCUCAUAAUGAAUAAGAUAGAACAUAAGGAAGUAAGUAACUACAAGAAAAAGAAAUACAGAAUGGAGGAGAAUUUUCUACAUGGCACUAGUACGAAAUGUAGAAACAUGGAUUGUAGCAACAAUUUGACAACAUACAAUUUCAUGGUUGAAAGUGUGCUGUCUGAAGAUCAUUCCUUGAAACAUUUAAAAAAUAUGAACAAAACAAACAAAAAGGAAACAAAGAAUUCUUUAUUUGCGAAGCGAAAGAAAGCAAAAGUGGAAAUCCAAAACGUGAAAAAUGCCUCCGACUUCGAGCUAGAGGACAAAUAUUUAAAAGUACACAAUUUUUACAUAGAGAGGGAGAAAAAUAAUAAUAAUAUUAGUAAUAAUACAAUGGAGAAGUGUACUAGUCUAUCCCAAAAAAUAAAUAAAUCGAAUUAUCACAAAAUAGACAUUAGUGAAUGGAACAUAAAAGGCUAUACCUGUGUAGGUGAUAGCCGGCGUGAUGUUACCACACCUUUUAAAAGAAUUAUAAAUAUUGAAUUUAAAAAAAAUGUGGAAAUUAAUUUUGAUUACUCCUCUACUUUACCUGUCAAAUGCAAGGUGAAUUUUUGCUAUUAUCACUUUAAGAAUGAAACAUUUUACUUUUUUCCCCUAGCCCCAGCCAAGCAUAUAUACGUGCACCCAUACAGGUGA